AUGGCCAGAAUCAAGAUCAGCGGGGUGCCUAUUGAGAUGCCAUUUGAGCCGUAUCCUGCACAGAUUGUGACAAUGACGAAGGUGAUAAUGUGUCUGAUGUCAGGAACAAGCGGACUUGUUGAGAGCCCGACUGGGACAGGAAAGAGUUUAUCGAUUAUAUGUGCAGUGCUUGGAUACAGCGAGUAUUUGCAACGAGGAACACAGGAGACAAACGCAAAGAGAAGGGGGAGUGGAAUGUCCACAGGCGAGGAUGUACGUGAAGAGAAGCUGAAGGUGAUAAUAUGUUCAAGAACACAUAAGCAGCUUGAUCAGCUGAUUUCACAGCUGAAGAAAACACGAUACAGUCCAAGGAUGUCAAUACUUGCAAGCAGAAGUCAGUAUUGUGUAAGCCCAAAGCUUGCUGAUGCAACAGACAAGAACACAGGAUGCAAUGAUCUUGUGAAGGUUGGCGGGUGUGUGUACUUCACAGGGAAGGACAGACUUGCAAAGAGAAUUGGUGACAAAGUGUUUGACAUUGAGGAGCUGAAAGCAGAAGGUAAGAGAUGUGUUGGAUGUCCAUACUACGCAUCAAGGAUCCUUAAUGAGGAUGCAGAAGUGAUAUUUGCACCAUAUAAUUACCUGAUAGAUCCCAAGAUCCGACAGAGCACUGGGAUAAAUCUUGAGAACUGUGUGGUGAUUAUUGAUGAAGCACACAACAUUGAGGAUGUGUGUAGGUCAUCUGGAUCAGUUGAGCUGACAUCUAGGGCGAUGGAGAUGAUACAGGGUGAGCUUAGUGGAGCAGCUAAGAGAAGUUCAAUGCUGGGAGAUGUUAAGGUAGACUUUAUGAAUGUGAUGGAGCUAUUCAAGAGAUUGAGGGAUGGGGUUGAUGGAGGAGAGUUUGAUAAAAGCAGUGCAUCAGGGAGAUUCCGAAUACGCAAGGGAGAGCAGAUAAGGAAGGAGCUUGAUAGGAUGGGCAUAAGUAAGGAAGCAGUACUGAAAUUCAAGAAUUCAAUUUAUGCGAUCCAGAAGAGCGAGGAUGCAAAGGAGCUGUUGAACAUGAAUACGCUCCAUGUUCUUGAAGGACUUGAUUCUGUUUUAUCUGCAAUACAUUUCAGUGAGUGCGAUGCAUAUUCGUUUGUUUUGCACAUGACAGAUGAUGAAAGAGUAAAGGGAGUGUUAAAGAGUAAGUUCUGUUAUAACUUCUGGCUGAUGGAUGCAGGACAAGUGUUUCGACCGUUUGUUGGCAAGGUCCGGUCUCUUGUGCUUUUGUCUGGGACACUGACACCAUUUUCGUCAUUUUCUUCUGAGCUUGGGCAUGAAUUUUUGCACACGAUAGUUGCGCCGCAUCUUGUGAGAUCGGAGCAGGUGUUUGUCUCGAGUGUUCGGAAGGGGCACCUGAUGAAGGAGCUUGUUGGAACGUAUGGGACAAUGGGUGCGCAGUAUGUUGAGCAGCUUGUGAAGAUUAUUGCGGAUGUUUCUGGCAGGAUCCGGGAGCAUGGAGGAACGCUUGUAUUUGUGCCCAGCUACAAUUUUCUUGAGAACCUGCAGAAAAGCAUGGGGCCGGGAGUGCUAACUGAACCGAAGAGUGGAUCUGGAAAUGAGUUUGAGAAUGUGAUGAAGAGAUACAAGAGCAGGAUUGCGAUGAAGCAGAGUGCGGUGCUUAUUUGUGUCUACCGAGGGAAGGCAAGCGAGGGGAUAGACUUCAAGGACUCAUUUGCAAGGGCUGUUAUUGCGAUUGGGAUUCCGUAUCCUAGCCUACACGAUCCACAGGUGGAGCUGAAGAAGGAGUUCAACGAUAAGUACAAGAGUCAGAGCGGAAGGAGUUGGUAUGAAACACAGGCAUUCAGGGCAGUGAACCAAGCGCUUGGGAGAGUAUUGCGACACAAGGACGACUGGGGAAUGAUUAUUUUGGUGGACAGCAGGUACAGUGAAAACCGAGUGCGUGGGCAGCUAUCUCGAUGGGUUGCAGAGAAUGCCAAGAGCUAUGAGUCAUACAAUGAGUGUGUAAGGGACAUUGAGAAGUUUCUAUCAAUGGAUAGAAGUAAGUGA